AUUUCCUUCUUCUUCAAAACUAUUCAGAUUAAAAUAAUAUUUCCAUUUUCCCCCAUCCUUAGUAAACAUAAAAUCUAUAGAAAUUUCUGUAAUUUCUGGUUUUUCUUUCUCCAUUACUCUGUUUCGAGUUCUCCCUUCAAAACCCAAAAAGCUGAAAUCUUUUUGCUCGAUUCAAACGCAUUUGAUUUGGGUUUUUUUGGGUCGAUCUGAAAUGGGGUUUCAAUCAUAUUUCUGCUGUCUUUUUUUGGGAUUUGGAUGUUUUUUCUCAUCUGGGUCUUUUAGAUCUCUUCUUCUGAGAAGAGGGAUUAUUUAAUAGUCCGGCAGAGUAUGGUAGAUCAUACUCAUGCAUGCAUCCAAAUCGUUCAAAUUGUGGGCUUUCUUGUGGAUAGAAGUGUGCCCUGGAGAUCACGCCUGAUGAUCAUGGGCCGUCGUUGGUUGACACUUGCCCGUUGAAUUUGGAUGGUCGACCAUCACUGGUCAUUUGAUGGCUACUGAACUGAUGGUUAGGAUCACUGGGUCAAUGUGAUUGUUGGGCUCUGCUGUGCCCUCAGUGCCGACCUUUCGCUGGGACGGUCUGCCUCGACAUGCAUGUCUUCUCAAUGGACAGCGAUGCGUGCACAUGGACCGAGGAUACUUGCGGGAGUAUGAUCUCCCAUACUCCAUCAGAGUAUCAUAUAAUUCGUUCUGUACUGUUAAAAUAAAAGCAUUGCAGAAGAUGGGCUGAUCUGAGUUGCUGCAACGGUUGUUUUCUGUGCUUGUUUUUGUGUCUUCACUGCAGUUCUUAUAAGCCUGCUUCUAUGGAUGACGAUGGCGGAUUGGGCAUCCGUAAUUGGGGGUAUUACGAGCAAUCGUUGAGAGGAAAUCUCGGGCUACAGCUCAUGUCAAGGGUCGUGGAACGUGAUCAAAAGCCCAUGUUCUCAGGCCGUGAUUCCACCAUCACGGUUAAUGGAAGCUACCUUCAUCGUGAUUGUGGCAUCCCGCCGUCAACGGUCCCGAUGGAUUUUGCUAGAGACAGCUGGAUCCACCAGAGGGAGAAGUUUCUUCAUGCACUACCCUUGAACCACAGUUUCCCGCCCUUAUCUGAAGGCUCGGGAACUCACACUUUGCAGAAUCUGCCGAUUCCUGAUUCAUCGAAGGAUGAACGGCCUGUGCAGGUCGAAGAUGCCGAUAGCAAAAAAGAUGGGCCUUUGAAGAAACGGCCCAAUGGGCGGGCCUGUAAACCGCCGAAGCCAAAGAAGAAUAAGAGAAACCCUGCAGUACAGAAUGAGGAACCGAAUGGUUCUGUUCCGCAUGCAAAGCCCGUGAAGAAGAACAUGGGCCUUGUGAUUAACGGCAUUGAUGUGGACAUUUCAGGUAUUCCCAUACCGGUAUGCUCGUGCACGGGAACACCUCAGCAGUGCUAUCGAUGGGGUUGUGGUGGGUGGCAAUCAGCUUGCUGUACCACCAGCAUCUCGAUGUACCCCUUGCCGAUGGGCAACAAAAGACGGGGCGCACGGAUCGCUGGACGGAAGAUGAGCCUGGGCGCCUUUAAGAAGGUGUUGGAAAAGCUAGCUGGUGAAGGCUAUAACCUCUCGAAUCCGAUUGAUUUGAAGAGCCAUUGGGCUAAACAUGGUACCAACAAGUUUGUUACAAUCAGGUAGAUGUACAAUUCCAAUAACAUUACCUCGGCCUCCUGUUGCAUUUGGUAUGUUUCUCGUGUAUAUAUAUGUUUUAUUGCCUUUUGCAAGGGGCUCUUUUUGAAAAGCUUGUAGCCAAUGAAUUUUCUCGGUCAUGUUUUACAUGUUUUUUUUUUUUUUUUUUUCUUUUUUAAAUUUUAUUUUACAUUCAGACAUUUGUGUUCUUUGGAUAUGUUUCUCUUUUUGCAGCUUGUAGUUUUAGGGGAAAUGGAGGUGCUUUUGUUGAGAGGA